CCUCAGGCGAGGAAGAGACGCACCCCGGUGCGCAUGCGCCUAAUCAUCCCAGAGGGGCGGGGCUGAGGCUACGGGAGCGGGCGGGGGGAAGAAAAGGGAAUUCCAACCUGUGGAACCUUGGGGGGUCCCCGCGGUCUGCUACUUCUCAUUGACUGUGGGCGGUACAAGGGACGGAGCCACUGGCGGCUCGUGGGGGUGUUGGGGUCCUCAGGGUGAGGGAGGGGAGUGUCAAGAGUGUGAGUGGGAUACGGUAAUUCCAAACUUAGAACCUUGAGGCCCUCGGGGCUCAGGCGCCGGGGAGAGGGAGCUCAGGCCGCCAUGCGGGACAGGACCCACGAGCUGAGGCAGGGGAAUGACAGCUCGGACGAAGAGGACAAGGAGCGGGUCGCGCUGGUGGUGCACCCAGGCACGGCACGGCUGGGGAGUCCGGACGAUGAGUUCUUCCAGAAGGUCCGGACAAUUCGGCAGACAAUUGUCAAGCUGGAGAAUAAAGUCCAGGAGUUGGAGAAGCAGCAGGUCACCAUCCUGGCCACGCCCCUUCCCGAGGAGAGCAUGAAACAGGACCUGCAGAACCUGCGCGACGAGAUCAAACAGCUGGGGAGGGAGAUUCGCAUGCAGCUGAAGGCCAUAGAGCCCCAGAAGGAGGAAGCUGAUGAGAAUUAUAACUCCAUCAACAUGAGAAUGAGAAAAACCCAGCAUGGGGUCCUGUCCCAGCAAUUCGUGGAGCUCAUCAACAAGUGCAACACCAUGCAGUCCGAGUACCGGGAGAAGAAUGUGGAGCGGAUCCGGAGGCAGCUGAAGAUCACCAAUGCUGGAAUGGUGUCUGACGAGGAGCUGGAACAGAUGCUGGACAGCGGGCAGAGCGAAGUGUUUGUGUCCAAUAUACUGAAGGACACGCAGGUGACUCGACAAGCCCUAAAUGAGAUCUCGGCCAGGCACAGUGAGAUCCAGCAGCUUGAACGCAGUAUCCGUGAGCUUCAUGAGAUCUUCACUUUUCUGGCUACUGAGGUGGAGAUGCAGGGGGAGAUGAUCAACCGGAUUGAGAAGAACAUCCUGAGCUCAGCGGACUACGUGGAGCGCGGGCAGGAACACGUCAAGAUAGCCCUGGAGAACCAGAAGAAGGCGAGGAAGAAGAAAGUCAUGAUUGCCAUCUGCGUGUCCGUCACUGUCGUCAUCUUGGCGGUCAUCAUUGCCAUCAGCACACUGGUUGGAUAAUGUCGCACAUUCUUGGCACUGGGAGCACCAGGGACCCAGGGCCUGGCCUUCUCUCCCAGCAGCUGUGGGGGGCAGGGCAGAGCCUCCAGCUGGAUCCCCUUCCUCACACUGGCCCCUGUGCAGAGGGGCAGACGGUUCUUCUGGGGUUGGCAGCUGCUCAUUCAUGGGGGCCUCCCCCUUCAGGCCAUAAUGUCUAGGGGAGGGCCUGCAGCGUCCUGUUUGGCUGGGACAUGUGGUUUUGUAAAAAAUUAAAAAAAAAAGAG